CCCGUCCCGCGCGGGGAGCAGAGCUUGACCCGCCCCUGAGGCCGCCAGCGGCCCCCGCUCUACUCGCGCUGCCUCCAGUUUCCUCUCGCCGGCUCCGUCGGGCCCUCUCCCUGUGUCCCUGGCCAGCCCGCUCCACUCGCUCCAGUGCUAGGAGGGGGCCGCGCCCCACAAACCGACCUGCGGACCGACCGACUGAUCCCGCGCCCCGGAGAGGAGCAGCCCAUCACCAUGGACCCCCCAUCUCUGGACACAGCCAUCCAGCAUGCCCUGGCAGGCCUCUAUCCCCCUUUUGAGGCCACGGCACCCACCAUCCUGGGGCAGGUGUUCCGUCUGCUGGAUUCUGACUUCCAAGGGGAUGGGCUGAGCUUCCUUCUGGAUUUCCUUAUUCCUGCCAAGCGCCUGUGUGAGCAAGUACGAGAAGCAGCCUGUGCCCCGUACUCGCAUUGCCUCUUCCUGCAUGAGGGCUGGCCUCUGUGCCUGGGGGGUGAGGUCGUGGUACACCUGGCCCCCCUCAACCCUCUCUUGCUACGCCAAGGGGACUUCUACCUCCAAGUCGAGCCCCAGGAGGAACAGUCCGUCUGCAUCAUGAUCAAAUGCCUCUCCUUGGACCUCCGCACGGUGGACACAAAGCCUGUUCCCGUGUCGUCCUACCCUAUACUUUUCACCCAGACGGGGCUGGAGGCCAUCAACAGUGACUUUGAGGGAAGCCCCCUUCACAACUGCCUGGUUGCUUCAGAAGAUGGAAUUGUCUCUGUGCCCUGGACCAAGAUAACCAGCCCAGAGUUUGUGGAUGACAGAUCCCAAGCAGUGAAUGUCCUUUCCCUGGCCUGGGGGUCCCUUCAGUUAGAGGCCCUCGAUUUGAGCUGCCCUCCGGAGCUGCCCCAGCCCAAGUCCCCAGGCUCCCAGGAGCUGCAUGCCCAGAGCUUGGUCAAGGGCAAGGGUAGGACUUAUGGAAACAAGUACCCAGGACUCAUCAAAGUGGAGCCAGCCAGGCCUGGGGAGGUGGCCUUCAGGAUGGACCAUGUGGCCAGCCAGGACUUGGAGGGAGACUAUGUGGUCCUUCUGGAGAGCAGAGGAGGGUCUCCUAGUAGGGAAGUGGAGACAUCCCAUGGGUGUCCUUUGGGGGCAUUGGAGGAAUUAUCCAGAACUAAAGAAAUCCCUUUCUCUCAAAGAACACCACCUCUCUCAGGCACCAGUGGGGGACCGUCCUUGAAAAAAUGGGCUUGUGAGAAGGCAGCAAGCUCAGAAGAGGAGCCCUGCAUUUUCGACUUGAGGAGAAAGGUCAACCAUAAGGUUGACUCACACACCCACGACUCAGAACAGCAACCCCGGGAGCCCUGCCUCAACGUCCUUGAGAAGCCAUUUCCCUGUGCCUCUGGCCUCGAGGCAGGUGGUUCAGAAGACCCGGCUUCCUCCAAGGUGCAGAGACAUCUGGGAAAUCCAGAAAACAUGGUCCAGCCCAGGCCUGACCCAAAACAAGGGUCCUCCCUGCACCUGUGCCCAGCUUCCCCUCCUGCUACUCCAGUCCCUGAAACCAAGAUGGAAGAGAGGGCCAAACUGAGCCAUGGGAGACUUUCCAAACCUGGGCCUGGCCCCAGUCAGAACACCUCCUCCUCCAGGUCCCCCACUCCUGGGCUCAGAUUCUCCUUCUUGAAAGGGCAAAGGCAAGCCCCGGGGCCCCCAGAGAAAGCCUCACUCCAGCACGACGGGCCCUGGAAAGUUUUGUGUUCGCUCUACUCUCCCAAACCCAACCGGGCCAAGGGCUUGGGGAAAGCUGGGACAACUAAGACCAAAGCAUCUGGCCCAGCGGCUGACUCAGGCCCACUGACCAGGGAAAAGGCUGGCUUUCCAGAAGGCCCUCCUGGAAGAGUCCCCGCUGUGGAUGAGGAGACCCCAGGGCCUGAGCCCAGGAUGGGGGCUCUGAGUGUGGAGAUGUUCCAGUCAAGAAUAGCAUGUCUGCCAGGUGGUCGGGACAGGGCAGGGAGGCCCCUGCUUCUGGUGUCAACCACUGAGGGGGCCUGGGAGGCACCGUGGUGCACAACCUCAGAAGUCACCAAGCUGCUUUCCUACCUGUGCACUGUCCCCAGGCCUGAAGAUAAAACCAAGGGGCUGGCUGUUGUGAUUGAUGCCAGGAAACAGCCCCCGUAUCCUGGUCUGGUCAGUGCCCUGCAGGCCACCCAGGCUCUGGCCCCAGCCUCCAUGGGUGCUGUGCUCUACCUGGGGGACGAGGAGGCUGCUCUCCAGCCGGGGAUGCUGCCUGACAUCCAGGUAGAGGUGGUGACCUCACUGAAGGCUCUCAGCCACCACGUGGACCCCAGCCAGCUGCCCCCAGCCCUGGAGGGCUCCCUCCCCUACUGCCACAGCGAGUGGGUGCAAUUCUUCCAGAAGUUGGACCCUUUCCUUGCUGACCUCCGCCGGGCCGCCUCCUUGCUAAAGGCUUCCAUCAACCAGAUUGAGAAGAGCGAGCCUCCUGGAGGGGUGCAGGAGGCCUCCAGGUGUCUGAGCAAGUCCAAGGAGCUGAUGGAGGCCGUGCUGAGGGACCCAGGCCUGCUGGGCCUCCAGCGGGAAGGGGGAGCCACUCUGGCCAAGCUGCAGCAGGAAGCUGGUAGGCUGGAUUCCAACCCCGAUGUCAGGAGCCAUCUGGCUGAAGCUGUCGCCUUGUACGGCCUCGUGGAUGAGCGGCUGCAUGUCCUCGUCAGUGCAUCUAACCAUCUCCUGGGGAGGCUGGAGCUCCGGAUCCGCCUGGGCCGUCUGGAAGCUGCCAUCCUCCAGGUCAGCAACUGGAUGGAGCAGGAGGGGAGCCGGUGCCUGCAAGCGCUGACCCCCAAAGACAGAAGCUUGGAGACUGUGGAGAAGGUGCACGUGGAGUUUGAGGACUUCUUUCUCCAGGCUGCCGCCCAGUACCGCCGUGGCCUGGAGCUGUCCAAGCAGGCGGCUGAGCUGGGAGCCGUGGCCAGAGGAAGCAGCGCAGCGGGAGGAGCAGAGUUCCCGGAGCUGGCAGCCUUCGCUUCCACCCAGCGGGCCUUCCAGGCGAAGCUGACCCACUUCUACAUGGCGGCUGAGCGGCAGCGCACGGACCUGGAGACGCUGCUCCACCUGCACCUCUUCUGCAAGAAGAUGACCUGCUUUCACACAGACUGCCAGGACCUGAUGAGGCAGCUCAGGCUGGGCAAGGCCCAGAGGGCCAGCCCUGGAGAUCGGCGCCGCCUCGAUCGCUACCGGCAGCGCCUGGCCUCGGAGUUCCCCGCAGAGAAGCUCACGGCCAUGGGGCUGCAGGUAGCUUCCCUGAGCCAGGAGGACCUGGGCCAGGACCUGUGGGAGGAGGCCCGGGUGAGGCACGAGGAGAUCCAGACACUUCUGAAGAAGGCCCUGGCCCACUGCCCAUGCCCAGAGGGGCCCAAGGCCCGCUCAGCACCCCCAGAACUCAGAAGGGCUGCUGCCGAAGGCCAGGCUCCGAAUGGAGACGUCGCUUCCAGAGGAAGGUGGGGCCUGCCCACCUCGGACUCACCAGGCCUGGACCGUUUACCACAUCCCUGCUGGCCUCGGGCCCCCAGAGAGGGACAGAACAGAAAUGUGCAGGCGGGCUUUCUGCCCCAGGAAGCUGGUCGGGCCAUAGAGGUUGAAGAAGGCAAAGGCCCCCAGGAGCCCUUUCGGUUUCCAGCCCCUGAGCCCUUCUUUGACCCCCUCUUCUCCCGGCAGCGACUCCUCAGGCAGAGUGAGACCCCCCACCCUACUGGGGGCAGCUUCUCCUCGGAGGGGACAGACUCACAGACGUCUCUGGAGGACUCACCCCAGACGAGUCCCCCUGCCUCCCUCUAGCUAGGACCUCCACCAAUGGCACCGGGCCCCGAGGGUGGCUGGGGAGGGGCCCAGCGAUCGGAGGGAGCUGUGGAGCCCUGGCUGGGGCUCGUGAGCACUCACUGUGUGUUUGGCCCACGCUGGGAGAGGGCAAGAAGCUGAACCUGUUCCCUGCCCCAGAAACUUCUAGGAAGACGUGACUCACCAUCAGAAUAGUGAGAAUGGAGGGUAAGGCAGGACACGGUGGAGCCCAGGACAGACUCGACAACCCCCGGGGCCUGUGGUGGAGAGAGCUGUUGGCAUAGACCCUUCCAGAGGUCUUAGUCUUGGGCGAGCCAGACACCCACCGGGAGUGCAGGGGUGCUAUAAGCUUCCCCUGGGGGCCCACGGGACACAGUUGCCAGAAGUGGGGGGAUUCGGGCGUGGCUUCUGAUCCGGGACGGGGAUCCCGGUGCCUGUUUAUUUGGCUGUGAUUUCAGGAACCAGUGGUGGAGGAGAAGGGAGGUGAGUGUGGGAGGGGAAUAAAGGGUGUGUUGUCGAGUGAAUCAGUGGGGCUGACUGUUUAUUCUCUGGGCCGGCUUGGGGCAAAGUGAAUCCCAGAAGAAAGGAUUCUUCUGGGAUUCACUUUGAGAAAGCGAGGAAAGCUCUCUCUCGCUCGCUCUCGCUCUCUCUCUUGCUCACUCUCGCUCUCCCUCUCGCUCCCAAGGGCUCCUCCACCGACAAGGCUGUCCUCUCACCCUCCAGGAACCCCAUGGGGUCUUGUCCUCUCCCUGGGUGCUCCAGAGAAAACCCUCUCCCCCUCUGAUGUUCUGUCUUCUCCUCUCCCCCCCACCCACUCAGACUCUAUGAAUUCCACUUCCCCCAUCCCAGAUCCUCCCCCGCCCCGCCCCGCUUUAGGCACCGCUUCUGGUGCCCAGUGUCUUAGCGUCGUGCUGGUGGUUGGGGUGGGUGAGAGUGGGGAGACCACAUCUCCAUCCAGCAGGGGGACAGGCCCCUCUGAUCUCAUGGUGAAGCGGGAGAGUGAAGUUCUUGUCCCACGGAGUUGAAGAUUGAAUCUCGGGGACAAAGGAGAAUGAGUAAUGUGGUGGAAUUUUACUAAACAACACAGACAAAAGAAUCUCGGGAGUGAGAGGUGUCCUGACAGGGACACUCUUUUAUUUGGGACUGCUCAGGGGGCCUGUGGCCUUAUCAUUCUUGUGCUGUCUUGGUUUGAGUAAGGACUGGUGAUAACAUCUUGAAUAGCUUACUUCUUCUUUGGGGUCAAGUUAUUCUUUGCUGGUCACAAUGUGACUGUCAUAAAAAGAUUCCCCACCUCUGACGCCCAGGGCAGGGUAGUCUGCUUUGUUCCCUUAUUUCUGGUUUUGUUAGGCCUCAGCAUUUCUGGGAUUUCUGUGAGCCUAAUCAUGUAGCUCCUUACCUAUUUCUCUCUACCUACCCCUGCCUGUCCCUUCUCGAGUAUCUAAAGAUUCUAUUUAUUUAUUUGAUACACAGAGAGAGAGAGAGGUCACAAGUAG